CUCUUAUAGUUUCAAACACAAAAAACUAUUUCAAUAUUCAAAAGACCUGUGAUAAAAUGGCUUACAAAGCUUCCUUUUUCCUUGCACUAAUUCUCAUCAACAAUAUGCUGCUUAACACUACUUGCCAAGCACACAAUAUUAUUCUGAAAAACUCAAACACCGAUGAUAAGAAAGAGCCUCAGUGGUUUUUCCAUUUUGAUGGGAUUCCAGGCUUCGGGCGAAUGUUGCCACCUUGGUUUGGUUAUACACCUCAAACUCCACCAAAUGGCGCCGGCGCAGAAUCAGGACCAGGAUUAGCACCAGCUGGUGGAAGCUAUGUUCCAGGUGGUGACGACACCUUUGUGCCAAAUCCUGGUGUCGAGGUUCCAAAUCCUGGCAGUGGUGGCGCAGUUCCACUUCCAGCAACAGUUCAUCCUUGAAUUUGCUCAAUUAUGAACCAUCAUACAUUAUUCAUACAAUGAGAAGCAUUGCUACGAGAUAAUUGUUUACCCGAAACAAUUA